ACGACUUGCAGCCUCUAAAGAGCCAACACUCUGUCAAAAUCUAAAGUUAAUAAUGUUAAUAAUUGUGUCAAUAAUUGUUAGCGUCACAAGUAAGUUAAUAAUGUUUGUCAAAAAAAAUAUUUAAUAACCAAAAUUGACCAAGGAACUUUUUUAAUUAUAAAUUAUUAUAACUUUCACAAAAAUAAAAAAAAAAUAAAAAAAAGACACCGGAGACAGUCAGCGGCGGCAUUUGGACUGGACGUGCGUUAUAUUCUAUUUUCAUCAUAAGUCAGAAACUCUUCUAAAAAUGAAUGGGUAAACAGUAAGUGGAGUCGUGCGUGGCGUGAUUGAAUAGAAUCGAUUAUUAGAAUAAUUCAUUUUCAUUUCGUUUUCUUCCUUUUUCCUCCCAAUCAUCAAAUCAAUCAAUCCUACAUUGCCGCCACAGCUGCAGGUUUUAUAUUAUAUGAGCUAUUCAAUAUAGUUGUUGAUUUCAUUGCACGGUUAAUGCGCUUGUACAGAUAUGAAGGAGAAGAGAGUUAGUAAUAUUUAUAUGUUGGAUGAAUUGGAAUCUAGAUUUCCCUCAUCUUCUGACGCUGAAGCUAAAACACGUCGAUUUAGUUUUGAUAAAUUAAGCCAUGAUGGUGUCCAUGUUAGCAGUAAGACCUCCUCAAGGUCUUUCAAAAGAGGAAUAAGAAAAGGAUCUGAAGGACUCAAGUCAAUUGGCCGAUCACUUGGAUUUGGGGUAUCUAAGGCUGUGUUCCCAGAAGAUCUUCAAGUUUCAGAAAACAAGAUACUUGAUCCUCAAGACAAUUUUUUGCUCUUUUGGAAUAAGCUUUUUGUUAUCUCAUGCAUUUUGGCCGUGUCUGUGGAUCCGCUGUUUUUUUAUCUCCCUGUCAUCAAUGAUUCGUUACGCUGUCUUGGUAUAGACCGAAACUUGGCAAUUAUAGUUACCACAUUGAGGACAUUUAUCGAUGCUUUCUAUCUUAUACACAUGGCUCUCCAAUUCCGUACUGCAUAUAUUGCUCCAUCAUCUCGUGUUUUUGGACGGGGUGAGCUUGUCAUAGAUCCGACACAGAUAGCAAAGCGAUACCUACAGCGAUAUUUCAUCAUUGAUUUCUUAUCAGUGUUGCCCUUACCACAGAUUGUGGUGUGGAGAUUUCUUCAGAGUUCAAAAGGUUCAGAUGUAGUCACAACAAAGCAGGCCUUACUUUUCAUUAUUUUGCUUCAGUACAUUCCAAGAUUUCUCCGUAUAUUACCAUUGACUUCUGAACUUAAGAGAACAGCCGGUGUCUUUGCUGAAACUGCUUGGGCUGGCGCUGCAUAUUAUUUGCUAUUGUUCAUGCUUGCCAGCCAUAUAGUCGGGUCGUUUUGGUACUUGUUAGCUGUUGAACGCAAUGACUUUUGCUGGAAGAAAGCUUGUAGUGACAAUGGAUACAACAAGAAAUUCUUGUAUUGUGGCAACCAAUACAUGCAAGGUUAUAGUUCCUGGCAGAAUAAAAGUGAAGCUAUUCUUACAUCACAGUGCUCUACAGAUAAUGAUAAUCCUCCUUUUGACUAUGGGAUAUUCACACAAGCCUUGAAAUCUGGCAUUGUUUCAUCUAACAAGUUCUUGUCCAAGUACUGUUACUGUUUAUGGUGGGGGCUUCAGAAUUUGAGUACACUUGGCCAGGGGCUUCAAACUAGUACUUACACCGGGGAGGUUAUCUUUUCAAUAACAUUAGCCAUAGCUGGCCUUAUCCUCUUUGCACUUCUGAUUGGUAACAUGCAGACAUAUCUUCAGUCUCUUACCAUUAGGCUUGAGGAAAUGAGAGUCAAGAGACGUGAUUCAGAACAGUGGAUGCAUCAUCGUCUGCUCCCACAAGAGCUUAGAGAGCGUGUGAGACGAUAUGAUCAAUAUAAGUGGUUGGCGACACGUGGUGUAGAUGAAGAAUGUUUGGUACAAAGUCUCCCAAAGGACCUUCAAAGAGACAUUAAGCGUCACCUUUGUCUGGCAUUAGUUAGAAGGGUUCCUUUAUUUGAGAGUAUGGAUGAGAGAUUGCUUGAUGCUAUAUGCGAGAGACUGAAGCCAUGUUUAUUUACAGAGAAUACUUACAUUGUUAGGGAAGGAGAUCCGGUUGAUGAGAUGCUCUUCAUCAUACGUGGUCGUCUCGAGAGUGUUACUACAGAUGGUGGGAGGAGUGGCUUUUUUAAUCGCAGUUUUCUAAAAGAGGCAGACUUCUGCGGGGAGGAGCUUUUAACCUGGGCGCUUGAUCCCAAAUCUGGCUCUAACCUCCCAUCUUCUACUCGAACAGUUAAGGCUUUAAUGGAGGUUGAGGCUUUUGCGUUAACUGCUGAAGAGUUGAAAUUUGUUGCCAGUCAGUUUAGGCGCCUUCACAGUAGACAGGUUCAACACACCUUCCGCUUUUACUCCCAACAAUGGAGGACUUGGGCUGCAUGCUUUAUUCAAGCAGCAUGGCGUAGGUAUUGCAAACGAAAAACUACGGAGCUUCGUCGAAAGGAAGAACCCGAGGACUCAGAAGGAACUCGCAGCAAUGUUGGUGGCAGUUCAUACAGUCUUGGUGCGACAUUAUUAGCUUCAAGAUUUGCUGCAAAUGCUCUUCGUGGUGUACAUCGCAAUCGGAUUGUGAAGAGUUCCAGGGACUUGGUCAAACUACAGAAACCUUCUGAGCCCGACUUCACUUCUGAUGAUAUGUAAUACAACUCGUCUCCUAAAGUGCAUGUUUUCUAUGCAAGGUUAAAUGGUGAAAGCAUCACAUAAUCAUUCCGGUUGAGUUGUGAGAAUCGCUAGUGUUGUACUACACGUCUGGUUAGGCCUGCCACUGAGGUUGCAAAGAACUAACUGUUUACAACAUUAUAAAAUUGUUUAGGUCAUUCUUUGGCCGAUGUGUAAGGAAAGUGAGAUUAAAAUGAGUGUGGUUUUUUAA